AUGGUGAAAUCUAGUUUGUCCAAAGAUCAGAAUGAAAAAGCUGAGACAUUAGGAUUAACUCUUACGACGUUCAAAGAUAUUGAAAAAUUAGGUUCCACUUCCAAACUGGAAUGCGUCGUUGCUGAGUUUUUUGUAGGUCCAGUUACGCAAACCAUACUCGAUUUUUUUCGGAUUACUGUUGGAUGUCAAGUUAUUCAAGCUUAUGGUCUUACGCAAUGCAGUGGCGCAGUAACAAUGAAUGCGUUUUAUGAUUACUAUUCAAUUGAUCAAAAUGGUCAUGACUCACAUACGGGUGGUCCACUUGCUUGCAAUGAAAUAAAAUUAAUAAAUUACGAAGAGAGAGGUUACACUGUCGAAGAUGUGCCUAAUCCCAGAGGCGAG